AUGCCGGGGGCGGUGGCAAGCCAUGGCAGAUGGUGGACUGUAGCUGCAGGUCUCAGCCGGGUUGCCUCCGCACACGACGGAGACGAGGGGUCCAUAGCUCUGGCAGCGCAUGCCUCAACCUUCGCGGCCAACCUUUCCACUGCCAACAGCUCCGCCGAAUCAGCACGAAGAAGGCGAAGAGGUGGGAAUCCCUUCAGAGGAUCUCCGAUCUGGACGCCGGGCUCGGAAAUCGAUUGCUCGGAGACCUGUGGUUCCUGGAGAGACUGCUCCGACUGGCCGAUGCGCAUGUGCGCGCUCGAUGACUAUUGCGACAAGCAUGUGUGCCUGCACAAGAGGCUGUUCCCGAUGCUUGGUGGCGACGCUUCCUUUUUCUUCGUCAUUUUCAUCGUCGCCUUUCUCGCAGGCGCGCCGGGCAUCGGAGGUGGAGGCAUCAACGUCCCGCUCCUGAUGAUGCUCAACCGGUUCACCAUCAAGGAGGCGGUUCCGAUCUCGCACAUCGCCGUCAUGGGCAACGCGCUGUCCCAGCUUCUGGUGAACACCCGACUGCGGCACCCAUCCAUGCCACUGCGGCCUCUCAUCCACUACGAAGUCGCCGCAGUGUUGCUGCCGGCUAUGCUUGGCGGCAACUCGCUUGGCAUCGUCGUCUCCCGUGUCGUGGCGCCAACGCUUCUAGUGGUGCUUUCUCUGGCUCUUCUGCUGAUGACCUCCUGCAAGACAUUCUACAAAGGUGUCAAGGCCUACCGGGAGCAGUCGCGGAAAUCCAGCACCGGCUCCAUCAGCCUCCAGCGCACCUUUCUGAAUUUCGACCUCCACCCGCGCUCGCAGAGCGUUUGCUCUGACAGCGUGCUCCACGGCCGGAAUGCCCGCUCGGGGCGCCGGCUCCAGUCUUCUUUCUCUCCUCCAGAGCCUCCCUUGGACAAGCUUCCCAUGCGCAUCCCAUGGAAGGCCAUCUUGUUCAUGAUCGCGUUCAACAUCAUCUUUUGCAUUGACUAUUUGGUGAUGGCUCCGGACGUCUUCGGCGUGGAGCGGUGUAGCGUGCCGUAUUGGAUCGCUCUGCUGGCACUGUACCCUGUUGUGGCAGCGUCCGUGCUCGUCGCUGUGCGGUUCAUACGCCGCCUGGACGACUGGCAUGAGCAGCGGGGGGAUGGCCCCAUUGAGGGCGAUCCGGCCAUCGGCAGGAAUGCCGUGUUGACCAUGCCUCUCUUGGCCACUGUCGUGGGCCUGCUUGCGGGACUCCUGGGGCUGGGCGGAGGUGAAUUCUUGGUGCCGCUGCUGCUGGAGUUUGGCACGCACCCCCGCGUUGCCGCAGCGACAUCAGGCUUCUUGAUUUUCUUCAACACGUCCUCCAACGUAGUUCACUACCUCCUCGCGGGCACCAUCGAGCCCUUUAUUUCAUAUGGUAUUGGCUGCUUCCUGUUCGCGAUGUUCGGCUCGCUUUGUGGCCUGCUCGCUGGCAACACGCGAUAUGUCAAGGAGCACAGCUAUCUCAUCAUCUUUCUCGUGGCGGUCGCGCUCUUCGCCUCAGCCAUCCUUUUGGUUGUACGCGGAUUCUCGGAGGUCAGCUGGUCAUUCGCAGGCUUCUGUCCUCCCUGA